CGGACGGAGACCAACAGCGCGUCACAGCUGUGGAUAGAGACGCUCGUGUUUUAAUCUUGCGCAUUUUAUAUCGAUAAUGCCUCCGAAGAAACCAGCUCAAGCGGCAUCCGGUAGUAAGAAAACACAAGAAAAGAAGAAGGAAAAAAUUAUCGAGGACAAGACAUUUGGUUUGAAGAACAAGAAGGGCGCCAAGCAGCAGAAGUUCAUUAAGGCUGUCACGCACCAAGUCAAGUAUGGCCAGCAAAACGCCCGACAGAUCGCUGCUGCUGAAAGCGAGAAGAAUAAGAAAGUAGACAAGAAGAAGGAGCUGACUGAGCUGAAUGAACUUUUUAAACCCGUAGUGGCCGCCCAGAAAGUCAGCAAAGGUGUGGACCCCAAGUCGGUGCUGUGCGCCUUCUUCAAGCAAGGCCAGUGCACGAAAGGGGACAAGUGCAAGUUCUCCCACGACCUGUCGCUGGAGCGGAAAUGCGAGAAACGCAGCGUCUACGUCGACGGCAGGGAUGAGGACCUGGAGAAAGACACCAUGGAAAACUGGGACGAGAAGAAGCUCGAGGAAGUCGUAAACAAGAAGCAUGGAGAGGCGGAGAAGAAGAAGGCGAAAACUCAGAUCGUUUGCAAGUAUUUCCUCGAUGCCAUUGAGAACAACAAGUACGGCUGGUUUUGGGUUUGCCCUGGAGGGGGGGACAGCUGCAUGUACCGCCAUGCGCUCCCUCCCGGGUUCGUGCUGAAGAAAGACAAGAAGGAGGAGGAGAAGAAGGAGGAGAUCUCCCUGGAAGAGCUGAUAGAGAACGAGCGAUCUGCCCUGGGACCCAAUGUCACCCGCAUCACGCUGGAGUCGUUCCUGGCCUGGAAGAAGAGGAAGAGGCAGGAGAAGGCGCAGAAAGCCGAACAGGAUAUGGAGAGAAAGAGGGCUGACUUCAAAGCCGGCAGGGCGCUGGGGGUCAGCGGACGAGAAGUGUUUGAGUUCCGCCCUGAUCUGGUGGACGACGACGACGAAGAGGCUGACGACACAAAAUACGAGGAGGAUGAAGAUGACACCAUACAAGAGGUGGUAGAAGACGACACUUUUCAGGACAUCGAUCUGGCCAGGUUUGUUCCGAAGGAGGUGGACUGCGCUGGAAUCACAGUGGCCUCAGCGGACAGGUUCACAGCGAAACCUCCGCCAACAAGCGAAACAGACGAGAGCAAACUGGACGAGGCCUCGGGUGGCUCGGAUGAAAACGAGGAGGCCCCCGAGGGAAAGGACACGGACGAGGACGAGGACGAGGACGAGGAGGACGUUCCCGUGGAUGAGAACCUUUUCACGGGAGAAGACCUGGACGAGCUGGAGGAGGAGCUUAACACACUGGACCUGGAGGAGUAGGUUGGGGCCGUGGGGGGAGAAAAAUGACAUUGCGGCCUGCACGAGGCGCGGGACGAGGGGGGAAGGACAACGUUGCACAGCGGAUCACCUUCAUGCUGGAGUCCCGCCACCCCGCCAGGUCCCUGCACACCCAGACUUCCAGAGGAGCCGGCGCGGCAGACCUGCCAUCUCUCCAUCUCCUGCCCAUUUUUGGUUUCUCUGUCCUGCUCAGCUGAAUGGUAUUUACAAACAAUCAGUCCCUCUCUAAGCACAGUCAUAGGUUUUGCUCUUCUGGCAUUGGGAUAGAUUUGUCCAUUUCUUAGUAAUGGCUGGAACAUGGUCUGAAAUCUCUGGGGGGGGGGAAUGUACAUAAAACCUUCUUGAGCUAUCAGUAUGGAUCAGGAUUUUAAAAUAUUUCUUGAGGUUUCAUAAUGCAUUACUCAAUUGUAUUUUGCCAAAGCUUGUAUUUGAAUUGUCAGAUUUACAGCUUCAGUGAUCACAGGUUUUUGAUUUAAAUUAUUAUCAAUUUCUUUUUGUUGCUGCCAUGAAAUGGAUGCUUGAGCACAAAGGAACUGUUUCAGUGAUGAAAUGAAAAAAAAAAAAUCAUAUGAAUUUUGGGGAGGGGGGGGUGUAAAAUGUUUCAUAGGGGGUGGAACCUGCAGGGAAUACAUGCCUCUUUGACGUUCACACCAGGAGGACUGGCAGUGGGUGAGACAGACUAACCAGCUGCUGUACGAACCGUUGAGCGUCAGCGAGUGAGGAAGCCUGGGGCGGGCGGGGCCGAGCGUCUGCCGGUCCGCUCAUCGGGAGACGCUUUUCCAAGGGAAAAAUGGCAGCGCCGCUCCAGCUCGGCUGUUCCUCUGCAGGCUGUUACCGAAAACAACAACAAAAAAACAAGCAGGAAAUUUAAAUAUGUAAUGCAUUUGUCCUUGUGUAUUUUAAAUCUUCUUUCACCAGUAU